CCCGUACGCUUGUUCCAGCCGCUAUAACGGCACGUUGUUUGACCUUGCAGCGAUAACGGCGACCACAAGUCACUUACAAGAUCGGCACGCGUCAAGCGGCUCGCUGUUGGUUACAUUGGCAAGGAAACUUUCUCUAAAAUGGCUCCACUAAGUGCACGCAUUGGUCCAUCCAUUCUUAAUGCAGAUCUGUCUCAACUGCACGAGGAAUCCCAAAAGUUGCUCGAGAAUGGUGCGGAUUAUCUGCAUCUAGACGUGAUGGAUGGCAUGUUCGUACCGAAUCUCACGUUUGGCCAUCCCGUAGUCAAGUGUUUGCGGAACAAAAUCAAGGAUGCAUUCUUCGAAACACAUAUGAUGGUGCAGAAUCCCCAGCAAUGGAUCGAACCGAUGGCAGAUGCCGGCGUCCAGCAGUACACGUUUCACAUCGAACCGAUCCUCGACACGGUACCGGACGUCUGUAGGAAGGUGCGUGAGGCCGGCAUGAAGGUUGGUUUAGCCAUCAAACCGGGAACGGCGGUGGAAAUGGUUCAGCAGUACAUCGAUGCCGCGGACAUGGUGCUGGUCAUGACAGUGGAGCCCGGUUUCGGUGGGCAGAAGUUUAUGGCCGACAUGAUGCCAAAGGUGCAGUGGUUGAGGGAACAUUAUCCGUCGCUGGACAUCGAGGUGGAUGGAGGCGUUGGACUCAGUACGAUCGAGCAGUGUUCGAAGGCGGGCGCAAACAUGAUCGUUGCCGGUACCGCGAUCAUUCGGGCCGACGAUCAGGCGGCGGUCAUACGAGAUUUGAGGAACUCGGUGCAAAGUGCAAUUAGCCAUGGAGCGAAAUGUUGAUACUGUUACAAAGCCGAUGCGGGAAAUAUAAUGAUAAAUGGUGCAAGACACAUUAAUGUAUCGUUGUUGCGUAGAUUUCACAUUUAAAAAUAUUCCUUUCAUUUAGGGAAUAUAUUUGAUCAAUUAACAAUUUUUCAUGUUGUAUCAAUACGAUAGAUGAAGCGAAUUUCCGACUAAGUUUCACAAGAAAAAUUAGUCUUCACGUCUCAUAGAACCACCAAAUGUUCCUACGUU